UCCGUUUAAACAUUUAUCUAUGUUCUAUUGUGAAUAAUUGGCUCAUGUGAUUUGAAAAGUCUUUUAGUUUUCAUUUUAUUCAAAUUUAACAAACAUCCCCAACUUUUCCGGAAUUCGGGCUGUAAACAGAAACUGGGAAGUACUGCGCAUGUGCAAUGACGUAGAAAUGGGGUAAUGACUGUUGUUGUUGUUGUUGUUGUUGUUGUUGAAUGAAGUGUCAUAAAUGACUGUUAUGUCAUUCUAAAAUUCUCCUUCCACUCAUCUACGAAGUGGAGCAGGACAACAUCCCAUCAGUGCUUCUUUUGGUCUCAUCCACAGACGCCUUAUUUUGGGUGCGGGGAGGGCCGUUUUUACUGCUUGAUAAAUAUAAGCUGCACGGCACAAUGGUUCAUAUGCUCGUCAUUUCUUAAAUGAGGAAAUAUAUAAAUAUUAAGUCUGCUCUUUAAGACAAAGAAAAGAAGCAAUGUAGGAGAAUGCUUAGUAUGAGCAAACAGCGGGAAACUGUAUAUUUGUGCAGUGUGCGCAUGUCAAAAAAUCAAUUCCGAUUUGAAGCUUGUGACACGUAAACGCGCACAUCAACCCAAUCACUUUAUUUAGAGGUUGUGUAAACACUACGUUUGGAUUCAUUAAUUCAUUUUGAUUGAAACAAAAGGUGUCCAUGUAAAUGUAGCUACUGUUUCUGAUUUAUGGGGAAAAGAACAAACAGAGUGGAUGAUUUUUAGCAUAAUAGUGUGGUUGUGUACACACACUUUGGACACACAAUUAUAUUAAAAAACAAUGUAAAAAUGAAUUUUGCAUAAUAGGUCCCUUUUAACACUUGACGGCUAGGUAAAAUGGCAUUGACAUUACUGUUUAACAUCGACAAGGUUUUCAUUAAGAGUGGGUUAAAAUAUACAAACCAAUCAAUAGAAUUCCUUAACUUUCCAUCAAAAGUAUUUAUAGAGUUUCAUGUACAGUUAUAAUAACGGUUUCAUUUACAGCUGUAUUGCAAAUCUUCUUAAACUUAAAAAUAUUCAGUUAAAAAAUAUUAAAAUGCUGAAAUUAAAAUAAACAGAAAAAAAAUAUAAAUUUGUGAAAUGUGUAUAAUAUUAAAAAUAAUAAUUAUUUAAAAUAAAUAUUAAAUAAUAAAUAUGAAAAUCAUACAUCAAAAGAAUUUUAAGAUUAUAAAUGUAAAUAUAAAAUAAAAUGUAAACAUUUUUGUGUUUGGGCCAGUCAAAAUGUUUGCAGGGCAGAUAGAAAUCUCGGCUGUUUCCCAAAGCAUCAUAACCUCAAGUAGAUUGCAAAACCAUUAACAGGACUGAACUACUGGAACAAUCAGGCUCACAGUAAAAUAAUCCUUGAUGUUGAGUUUUACAAAGUAUCCCUGCAUGCCUUUUGCCAAAGGACACGUGAUCAGUGUUCAAUAGGAGAUGAUAGUAGGUUGUUUGAAAGUUCUGCGAAGUCAGAUUUGAAUUUAACAGUAAUCUGUGUAGAUGGCAAUCUGUUGCCUGCUGCAUGUGUCUGAAAGAAACCUCCAGGAUGGAUGGACGGGUUGACAGCAUUCACAGGUCAGGAAGCUUGUGUAGCAGGUCACUAUGUUCUCUAAGCCUUGCUAUAUUUAGCCAAGUCUUUGGAUGCACUUCAAUUCAGGGUGCUUCUGCAGGCAUUGAGUAUAAUGUCAAAAUCAAUGCAUUUGUGCCUUUUUCAACCAGGAUGUGGGAUCAGGGUAACUGUUUGCUUUCUUGUGUCCUCAAGGAUAGACUCAAGGUUAAGUUUGCUCUUGCAUAACAGGUGCAGCAACUUUAUUUAGAACCGCAGUUCGGAUAGUAGCAAAACCAGUUACUCUUCUGCUUAGCAUUUCUCCUUUACUAGGUGCAUUUUGCUGCUGCUCACUCAAAAUAAACAUAAGAUUCAUUUACCAGGAGAAAUGUUCAGCCAGACUGCUGUAUUAAGUCUCUUGAGGGUAAUUUAUGCUUACAGUCAGUUCAUAGUACUAUGCUUUUAAGCAUGCCUUUUUUAACAGCUAAGCAUUUUCACCAGAUACACUACAGGGUCUGGGUGACUGCCAAAGUGAUUCAACUCACCUGUUAGUGGUGCUAUCCUGAAUGUUCCUCUAUCAGGGGAGUGUCCAAACAUAAGCUCUGUCAUUUAUUUCAGAUGACUAUUUCAGCCUGGCUAGCUCAAUAGAUUAGUGAAUUUCCUAGGGAUAGUGUUCUGGUUUUCGUUUUUAAAUUGAAAAAUAGUGGAAUUUUUCCAUCUGUUAUCCCCUCUCUGCAAUUACAGUUUAGUUUUUACAGCUUAGUUUGUUGUCAGUGAAACUUGAGGCCAACGUAUUUUGUCUCAGAGAGGUAAGAGGCUUUAACAGCUUUGUUAAUCAAACAGAACAAUGAUUCCCAGAGAAAGGGGGAGAAAAUCCUCUCUUGACCAGUUAGGUGUGAAAAGGGCAUCAUAAGUCAGCCGUAAUGUCUCUAACAGGCAUCGUCUGGGUCUUAUCGAAUGGGCUGUCGGCCACGUGAUCAGAUCACCUAGUUUUCCUGUGCAUGCAUGUCCACACAGCUAAGAAAUCUACCAGGGCCUUGUGUCUUAUCAAGUUGCAAUAGGGGAACUUAUCAUUGGCAGUAAACAACUGACCUUAUUGCGAAUAUAAAUUUUUUUUUUUUUUUUUUCAUGAUUAAACAAUUCUGGUGGAGCUCUUAGCCAGUUUAGAAUGACUCUGAUGGAUGCUUAGAUCAUCUGUAGCUGUUUAUCUACGAUCAGUGAAGGCCAUAUCACUGAUAAUCUGGUUUCGACUCAGCUGUUAAUGGGUGAAGGGACAGAGUUCAUUUCAUUGCAAGGUUGUACUAGAGAUUUUACACUACCAAAGCUUACUUGACUUGUAGUAUUAAUCAUAUUAAAAGUACCAAAAGAAUGUAAAAAAAAUCCCUGCUUUUUUUUAAGUUGGUUCCCUUUUUCAUUUUCCUCAAUUGAUGAUGUUGUGCAGUGUGACAUUCUUUAUCAGUAAAUGCCAUGCAUUAUCUCAGAACAUUAAGGGCUAUGUCAUAGUACAGAGGUCCAAAACAUCAACGUCACCUGAGACGAUGUAGCUUCUCGCAUAGUUCAAACGUGCCACGUCUCUGAAGAUGGACUGCACUGAAAGUGAACCGUCAAUAAUGCAGGAUCGUUUGGAGGUUUUGGGCCCCGCCAUGUCUCCCAAUGCUCUGUCAACCAGUUCAGACGGCGGUCAGUACGGUGUGGAUUCAGUUGAUGGCACCCCAGACCCUCAGCGCACCAAGCAGGCCAUCGCUCAGCUACAGCAAAAGAUUCUCAAACUCACAGAGCAGAUCAAAAUCGAACAAACGGCAAGAGACGACAAUGUAGCUGAGUACCUGAAGCUGGCCAACAAUGCAGACAAACAGCAGAGUGCUCGCAUCAAGCAAGUGUUCGAGAAGAAGAACCAGAAGUCUGCGCAGACCAUCCAGCAGCUGCAGAGGAAGCUGGAGCAUUACCACCGCAAGCUCAGAGAGGUGGAGCACAAUGGAAUACCACGUCAGCCCAAAGAUGUCCUUCGAGACAUGCACCAGGGUCUGAAGGAUGUGGGUGCCAAGGGGAUCAAACAGGACUUUUUAAGUUUUUCGUAUGACACAAGCAGUGUAGACCAGUCUUGUACUCUGUCAGCAAGCCAGGUAACCGGUGGCCUCUCGAGUAUCUCUCAGGCCACUCACUCCGCCGCAGGAGCAGUCGUGUCCAAACCUCGUGAGUUUGCCUCUCUUAUCCGCAACAAAUUUGGAAGUGCAGACAACAUCUCUGCCCUAAAAGACUCUCUGGAUGAACAACAAGGGGAUGAGCCUGUAACAAGUACAGGGAUGGCAGGCACUAGGACCCCAGGACCUGGGCAGAUGCAGUCCAGCCCAAAAUAUGGCAGUGAGGAUGACUGCUCCAGUGCUACGUCAGGGUCAGCAGGUGCAAAUAGCACCACAGGGGCUCCUGGAGGGCCUCCGAGCUCAAAGGGUAAUACACUGGAGCAUGGCCAGAGCUCUGGCUUCGAUGCUCUGCUGCACGAGAUCCAGGAACUGAAGGACAACCAGAAUCGACUAGAAGAAUCCUUUGAAGACCUGAAGACUCAUUAUCACAGGGACUACACAGAUAUCAUGCAGGCUCUGCAAGAGGAGAGAUUCAGGUGUGAGCGUUUAGAGGAGCAGUUGAAUGAUUUAACAGAACUGCAUCAAAAUGAGAUUCUCAACUUGAAACAAGAGCUGGCCAGCAUGGAGGAGAAAAUCGCUUACCAGUCUUAUGAAAGAGCCAGAGACAUACAGGAGGCGCUGGAGGCCUGUCAGACGCGCAUCUCCAAGAUGGAGCUUCAACAGCAGCAGCAACAAGUGGUUCAGUUGGAAGGGUUGGAAAACGCCACAGCACGCACUUUACUUGGCAAACUCAUCAACGUGCUGCUGGCCGUCAUGGCGGUACUCCUAGUGUUCGUCUCGACGGUCGCAAACUGUGUAGUACCACUGAUGAAAACGCGUAGCCGUACACUUUCUACAUUGCUACUUGUCAUAAUCUUGGCUUUCCUGUGGCGGAAUUGGGAAGCCAUGUCGCAGUACCUGGACCGAUUUCUGCUGCACCCCAGAUGACCUGCAGGGGCACUGCUGUUUUUUAUGAAGGGACUGGAAGGUGGGAAUUCAAAGAUUUUGAUUCAAAGAUGGACUAACACUGCCUCAGUUGCACUUAGUACGGAGGGAUGAAGGGACGCAGCACAAGAGUGGUGGACGGACAAAUCCUACAACCUCUUUUUCUCGUUUUUUUCCAACAAAAGAGUGAAUUUGUUUACAUUUUGAUGAUCUUUUUCCGUCUACAUAAGUUGUAUUGCUGAGUUUCCUAUUAUUUGUUGUUGGAAAUGAUGCAAGUCGUGUUGUUCAUUGUUCUAAUUGUUAGGAUAUACAUUUAUGCAAUUUCCUGAGUGUUGCGUUGCAUUGACUUGACUGGAGUGGUUUUAACAUGCACUGGAUGGAGAUCUCUCUCCUUGUUUUUAAUACCAUAGUAACCGUUCUUUUCCCUCCUAACUUUAAGCUGUAUUUUUCAUUUCUCUGUCUCUGCUACUGUCAUCUCGCUCUUUCUCUUAUGUGCAUCUCUAACUCAGUUCAUUUCCUGUGCUCAUUGCUUCACUCUUCCCACUCAAAACCAUUUGCUGCUGUUUGGACUUCACUGCAGUUGUUGCUGAAUGAAGGAAAAGAUGGAUUCUGUUGGAGAGGAGGCAGAUGGAGUUUGACCGGAUGGAUUGAGCCGAGUCGGCUCCUCUUCAUCUCCGGCCCCAUGCCCUCCUAGAGGCACAGUCCCCCGAUAUAUGAACAGAAUGAACAUACUUGAAGAGCUAGAAAUGCUCAAAGACUCUCAGUGCUUCCGUACUGUUUCUUAUAGUGAUGAUGAAAUAGUCCUUUUUAGUUAUUUUUUUUUUUUAUUUUUUAAAAUGAAAUUAAUAAACACGCUGUUUUAAAAAUGCAA